ACUCUAAAAAUAAAAGAAUUGUUUAGAAGAAAAACUAGUGGCAAAAACUUGCUGCAUUCGUCAGUGAUGAAGCUGCGAAAUGACCUGGAUUUCUUUACUCGCAACAGUGAUCGCUUUUCGGAGUGGCUUGCUUACAAACAAGUUCUGUAUUGCAUAAUUUGGCAACAGAUGAAGACCCAGCCAGCGCUUGCAUAUUUCUCACACGGACACGGUCACACCUAACACCUCAUGCCCAUGCAUCCACAUCUCUGACGACAGAUAAAACGCCACUAGUACAAAUUUCGCACGACCAGUUCCAAUCGCUUCACCCAGUAACCCAUUGCCGACUCCAACCACCUUAUACUUGGUCAUGUAAAAAUCCACACUCCUAGUUCAUUCAAUUCUGUCGUCGUCGCCUUGAUCGAUCGGACGGAGCUUCGCCUGUGUAGGCAGCUGCCAGCCAUGGAGUCGUCUCGCGGACGCUGUCUCGUAGGCCUGCUCCUCGUCGCUGCAUCCCUCUGCGCACAUGUAUCAGCGGCGGCGUCCGACACGGCCGUGUUGGCGGCGGAGCGGACGCGGCGGAAGGACCCCCUCGACGGGCUCAGGUACUACACCGGCGGCUGGAACAUCAGCAACAGGCACUACCUGGCGUCGGCAGGUUUCAGCGCCGCGCCGGUGUUCGUGAUCGCCGCGCUCUGGUUCGUCGCCGUCGCUGCGGCCGCGCUCGUCUCCUGCUGCUGCCGUUGCUGCCGCGGCGGCGGCAAUAGCAACUACUCCUACUCCCGCCGGGUGUUCGCGCUCUCGCUCGUGCUCCUGAUCGUCUUCACAGCAUCAGCCAUAAUCGGCUGCGCCGUGCUGUACCACGGGCAGGGCAAGCUCCACGGCAGCACGACGGCGACGCUGGACUACGUGGUGAGCCAGGCCGACGGCGCGGCGGCGACCAUGCGGGACUUCACAGGCCUCCUGGAGACGGCGAAGUCCGCGGGCGGCAGCGUGGCGUCGCUGCCCCCCGACGUCGCGCGGGCCAUCGACGACGUCGCGCGGCGGGUGGACGCCGCCUCCGGCGAGCUCGCGGUGCGCACGGCCAGCAACUCGCGCAGGAUCCGGACCGUGCUGGACACCAUAAGGAAGGUGCUGAUCGGCGUCGCCGCCGUGAUGCUGGUCCUGGUGAUUCUUGGCUUUGUGUUCUCGUUGACUGGGCUCAAGUCGCUUAUGUACACAGUGGUGUUUCUUGGAUGGAUCAUAGUUACCGCCACACUAAUACUCUCUGGCACUUUCCUCCUCCUGCACAACGUGAUAGGAGACACCUGCGUCGCCAUGGACGAGUGGGUGGUCCAGCCGCAGGGCCGCACCGCGCUGGACGACAUCCUCCCCUGCGCCGACGCGGCGGUGACGGCGGAGGCCCUUCGCCGGAGCGAGGAGGUCAACUACCAGCUCGUCUCCAAGCUGAACGAGCUGGUCUCCAACGUGUCCAACCGCAACGUGCCUCCCCAGGUCGGCCCGCCGCUCUACUACAACCAGUCCGGCCCUCCCGUGCCGCUCCUCUGCAACCCCUACAACGCCGACCUCUCCGACCGCCGCUGCGCCGCCGGCGAGGUCACCGCCGACAACGCACAACAGGUGUGGCAGCGGUUCGUGUGCCGCACGACGGCGGCGUCGGGUUCGGAGGUGUGCGCGACGGUCGGGCGCCUCACGCCGGCGAUGCUGUCCCAGAUGCUCACCGUGGCCAGCGUCAGCGACGGGCUGCGGCGACAGGCGCCCGCCCUGAGGGACCUGGCGAGCUGCGCGACAGUGCGGCGCGCGUUCCAGACGAUCAGCGAGCGCGGCUGCCCGCCGCUGCGGCGGGACAGCAGCCGGGUGUACCAGGCGCUGCUCGCGGCGUCGGUGGCCGCGAUGCUCGCCGCGGCGGCGUGGGUGGCGCACUCCCGGGAGCGGCGGCGGCGGCGCGAGAGCGAGCGGUUCCGGGUGUCGCCGUACAGGCUCCCCAUCGAGGACAAGGUGCUGCUCAACAGCCCGCGGCGGCCGUACAGGCGAGUGUGACGGCUUCUGAUCUGCUCGAGGCUAACGGACCUCUGGAACACAUGUAUUUCGCUGGAAUUUCAAAAAUCCGUUGUUUGAAACUGAGCUUAUUUUGUAUGUGUAUGUUCGCAGCAGUUUUGGGAGUACAAACUGUUUUACUUACGAAUCUAUGUUCAUGUACUGUGAUAGUUCGGCAGAAGUAUAAUUUUGUAAAUAAACUUGUGCAUUCUUCAUUUUCUACAUUUCUCUGCAAUAAGCCAUCAACAAGUUCCUGAUUUGGAU